AUGGUGAGACCUUAUGAUUUCAAAUUGACAUGGGCUAACUUAAUCGAGUUCGUAGUCCUUAUUUCUCGUGACCAAUCGGGUCAUGCCACACCAAUUGUCAUGGAUUUCACUCUUUUCAUGAGUGAUCUUAAAGGCACAGGACGCAAUGAAAUUGCCUUUGCAAAAUUCGAUAUAUGCGAUGUACUUAGAAAAGGCUUACGUAAAAUUAAUAUUAGACUUCAAAGUACAAUUUUAGAAUCAAAUUUAUUCAUGGAUGUUGAAACAAAUGGUGGCGAAGGUAAAUUGUUAGGAUUCAGUAUAAAAUGA